AGAAAGCGUGAACAGGGAAAUGAGUUUAAAAGUCUACAUAUUCAAGAUAAAGAUAAUUCGACAGAGCAUGUGGAAAAAUCUGAAGGUCAAGGUUCUGAAGGAGCACAAAUGUUCCAUUUGCCAAAUGAUACAGACUCCAAUGAAGGACCGAAGAAGACGGCUUUACAGCCUGGAGAAAGUUCUUUACUAAAUUUUCAACCUCAUGUUUCCACUGGCGUAGCCACAUCCAUAGAAUCUCCUUCAUCCUUCCCAAGAACUGAAGAGGUAAUGCAGACAAGUUCCCAGACUGAACUAAGUUCUGUACCUAAUUCUAAACCUGGUAUUUCCACGAGAGGAGUUGCUGCCAUGGAAUUUCCACCUUCGCCUCAAACUCACUCCUUCAAUAAUGAUGACAAGGGUGCUCGACCACCCUCUCUUUGCAUAGCUGUCAUUGGAGCUACCGGUGAACUGGCGAGGAGUAAGAUUUUUCCUGCACUAUUUGCUCUGUAUUACAGUGGCUUUCUUCCUGAGAAUGUUGGUAUUUUUGGUUAUUCGAGAAAGAAUUUGAAGGAUGAAGAUCUCAGAUCCAUGAUAGCAUCAACUUUAACUUGCCGCAUUGAUCAUCAGCAAAAUUGUGAGGACAAACUGGAUGCUUUUCUUAGUAGAACAUACUAUCUGAACGGAGGUCAUGACAACAUGGAAGGGAUGUCAAAGCUCCAUACCCGGAUGGAGCAGAUUGAGGGGCAAUCUGAAGCAAACAGAAUCUUUUACCUUUCUGUGCCACAAGAAGCACUUCUAGAUGUUGCAUCCUCUCUUGGUGAUAAUGCUCAAACACAGAAGGGCUGGAAUCGUGUAAUAAUUAAGAAACCCUUCCGUUUUCAUUCACGGUCUUCUAUUCUAUUUUUACGUAGAGUGGAGAUACGUAUACAGUUUCAUCAUGUUCCUGGAAGCAUAUAUCGUGAUCGCAUAGGGCACAACAUUGAUCUUGCCACUAAUGAGCUGAUUUUACGUGACGUUCCCAAUGAAGCAAUCCUACUCAAGGUUAACAAUAAAAUUCCAGGAUUAGGCUUGGUGUUGGAUGCUUCAGAACUGAAUUUGCUAUACAAGGAUAAGUAUAAUGUGGAAGUACCUGAUUCAUAUGAGCAGCUGCUUCUUGAUGUCAUUGACGGAGACAACCAUCUAUUUAUGAGAAGCGAUGAGGUUACUGCUGCAUGGAAUAUUUUGUCUCCGGUUUUGGAUGAGAUAGACAAGAGCAAUAUAGCACCGGAACUGUACGAGCUGGGGGGUAGAGGUCCAGUUGAAGCCUUCUAUCUCUGGGCAAAACACGGGGUUCGAUGGGUAGAAGACUAGCAAAACUCACAGAUUUUUGUGUUCUAAUCUUCACCAUGGUGACGAAAAACAACUGGAACGGUCUUCCCAACAUCAUGCUAAAUAGAUGAGUGAGAAAGUGCCUUUCCUGGUAACGUUUGGUGGGGUUUAUUCUGAUGAUCUAUUGUGCUAAAUGUUCAUGUUCCACAUACACAGAUUUUCUAGGUGGUAGAAAGAUUACAUAAUCCCCACUUUAAUACGAAGAAUAUAUGUAUUGCGCCUGACAAACGGAACUCUUGAGCUGAACUGAUCCUGAAAUCUGAACAGGUAUGUUAGGUA